CGUCGGGCGGGCGGUUUGGCGCGCGGCGGUUGGGUUUGAACGGUGAGGCGGCGGCGGCGGCGCCGUGAGGGCAGUCCAUGGGAGAAUGAGGUUAUGAGGAAUAUUAACCUGGUAUUCAAAGCCUUGCAUUUUGUUGUGCUCUACAGGAAACCUGAGUACUGCAUUUCCCACAGAAAUGGACAAGAUUUAUGCAGACCCUAAUGUGGAAAAUGAUAAUACAGAGCACAUGAGAGGAAAGCGACUGUCCUCUAUUUUAAAGGCUCCACGAAAUCCUCUUGAUGAUUUGGGAAAUGGGAAUGAACUCACUCAGGAUAUCAAUAUAGAUAAACGCAGGAAAAACUCCCGACGCGUCAGCUUUGCGAACACCAUAAACUGCAGAGUCUUCCAGCGAGAUCUUAAGAAUAAUGCAGCAGAGAGAGAAAAUGAAGAGUGUGCAGCAGAUACAGGGAAUCAUGUCCUGCUUAAUCAAAAUGAAGAACCUGAAGCUGUUCCAUGUGAGAUCACUGGGAUGAACACUUUGCUUCAUGCCCCUAUCCAGGCAUUGGUGCAGCAGACUGAGUGCCAUGAUGUGGACAACGCCAUUCAACGAACAAAUAGGCAUGACACAACACUCACCUUUUCAGAUGAAAAUGAAAUGGAAAUGACAGCUAGUCACACGGCAGUGAUUACACGUAACCUGAAAAACAAUGAAACUGACAAAACUGAGAAAAUAGAUAUCACAUCAUUUCUGGCUGGGUUAAACUCUAACAGUGGAAAGGCAGAAAUGAGUAAAGAAUUUCAUUUUUCCUUUGAUCCUACGAACUGUCUGUGCCCAUCUUUUGAACAGAAGGAAGAUGCUACUACGGUAAAAAAAAUAAAUUUCAAUGAAUUUUUGAUGCGCUUGAAGUCAAAUGAAAAAGCACUCAAUCCUAUUGAAGGACCUGAAAAAGAAAACCUUUUUUUUAUCCCUUCACAAGUCUCAGAAGACGUGGCACGAUCAUCGGUGGAAUCUGCUUAUUCCCAUGACCCACCGGCCACCUUCAAUGUAACAAAAAUCUUUAGAGAGCAAGAUGAUGGAAUGGAAAUGACAAAAUGCCAAGCACCUGAUGUUAAAAAUAUGCGUUCUGGUAUUUGUGGGGCUCCACCAGAGCAAUUACUGUGUGCAGAUGUUACUGAGGCAUUUGCAGAUGAUGGAAUGGAUAUGACAACUAGUCACACUGCAAAAAUGUCUUUUCCUUUUGCCAGUGUUGGAAAUCAAAGUCUAAACUUCAAAAAGGAUUUCCCAUCCAUGGAGAUAGAUAAUUAUUCUGUAGUAAAGAGAGCAUCUCAUCAGCAAUUAAUUGUAAAGCAGGACCCUCAACUUUGUACAAACAAAAAACCAGUAAAUGUUGAAGACACUGUAGAUACUACAGUGCUUCAAACUUUUAAGCAAGACACCAGAACUUUGUCUGCUAUCCCGGGGUCUGUUUCUUCUGAGACUGUCUUCCGAGGUGAUAAAACUGUUUUUUCUAAAUGUGAUGACAUGGAAAUUACUGGGAAUUACACAGAUGUAAUCUAUAAUGAAAGUACCAAAGGAAUGAGCAGUUCAUGUCAUAAAACUUUUGAGAAAACGGUUAAUACAAACUCUUUGCCAGUAGGAAGCAGACAUCCAGCACUUGAUGAUGUUACAGAAAGUCUAACAUCUUUAGAUAAUCGAGCUUCUGUGUCACAGAAAACUAAUGCGCUUGAACAAUUUUCAGGCUCAGAUGGGAGAACUGAAAGAGUGACCCAAGAUCAUGGGACUGCUUCAGUGGAUGUUGGUUUUGAUUUGUGUAGAAAUUCAGUGUCCAGUGGUACCUCUAAGGGUAGACUUCAGCACAGACUAUCAAGCUCUCUACUUGUUUCACUGCCAGGUGAGAAAACUGCAAUAUUUUCAGGAAAAGAUAUGACCUUGACUAAAACUUGUAUUGACAAGGCUGAUGGAAAGAAUGUUGAAAAUGAUUUUCCUCCUGGAGUGUCCACCUCUGUCACCUGCAAACCACAUUUUCUUGGUAACAGAAUCUCUACAUCUCCCAAUUUAAGUGAGCAGGAAAAAAUGGAAAUAACUAAAUGCCAGACUGUUGUCAUUGAUGAUCAAAGCAUUGGGAUAGCUGCAGAAGCAAAACAAAUGCAUGGUAAAAUAAUUCCAAGUGAGAACCACAACAAAAAUGUCAGUGCUGUGGCAAGUUCUUUGGACAGGGACAAGGAAAAUCUUGAGGCAAUUGGUUUUGAUGUGAAUAUGAAAAGAAGCCAGACUACAGAAAUGAAUACUGAAGAUGUUGAGGUGAUAAUAGUCAAUAAGAAGCUUGGAAAAACAAACUUUCAGGCAAGUGGUCUGAUUUCCUGUGUGAAGAGCGUGCGUUCAUUACAAGAGCAAAAGAGAGAAAUCGCAGAAAAUACUGCCACCAACAACAGUGCGUUCAUGUCUUUGCAAAGUCAAGAAGUCGAUAUAACUCAGCCUUUGAAAAAACCCCUUCAGAAUGCUUCAGUUUCCUGCACAAAUGACAAAACAGACGUGUUUUCAGAUGAUCAAAACAUGGACGUAACCAAAACUCAUUCUGUUGCCUUUGAAGUUGCUCCUACUAAUACAGUACAAGAAUAUGAGAAUACUCAUAAUCAAAAUAAUGUGAUAUCCAAGCAGCUGCAAAAACAGGUCUCCCGAUUUUCCAAUAAUUCUGGUGUAGAUACCACUGCAAGUCAGACUGCAGCGAUAGAAUAUAGGGAUUUCAAAAGGAGCUCAGAUAAACAAACUGUUACUCCUUUAUCUGCAAAUGGUAUGUUCGUGUCUAGUAAUGAACCCACUCCCUCCAGAAAUACAAGAAAUGUACAACCUGCAAAAAUACUGGGUAUAAAUGCAGAUUGCCAAAGCUCUGACAGGCAAGUGAAAACCCGUACUAUGAAGGUAGUAAAUAAUGCGUUGCCAACUCAAGAAGAAUCUGAGAGAGAUUUCCUGGUCAGUAAAACAGUUUCUUCAGAAGAGGAUUUUAAAAAUCCUCGGUCAGUUGAUGGCCUGCAUUUGGGUAUUGAAGAGACAUUACUAACUAAUACAUCUGAACAACUGAAGAGAAGUUCCCAGUUACCUUUCUUUUCAGAAAAGUCUGUUUUGUUUCCCUCUGGUGAAAACAUGGACUUGACUGAAAGCUGUGCGGCAACGGCUCCUGAUCAAAACAUCCAUAUGAUUUUACCAGGAAGAAAAGCAGCACCAGUACAUAUUGCUGAAGAUGAAAAUAAAACAUUAUCUUUAAAAAGAGGGGUCAUGAUGACAAUAAACAGCCAGGAGCAGCCUGGGUGCGAUACGUACUCCUUGGUAUCUGGUAAGAAAAUGUUAACUGUGACUGGUUUAAAGCAUUUGCAUUUUGUAGAUGAGAAAACUACCAUAUUUUCAGAAGAUGCUGAUAUGGACAUCACGAGAAGUCAUACGGUUUCAGGGGAAAACAAAAUAAUUUUGCUGCCUAAAAGUUCAAGCAAUGACAUAUCCUUUGUUUCUGGAGAUAAGACUUGUGUUUUUACACACAAUAAUGACAUGGAAAUAAGUAGAUUUGAUACUGUUGCAAUUGAUAAAUCUGUGGAAAAGGCUGAACCUGGAGGGAUGCUUAGCAGAGCUACUAGGACUGAAAGGAAAAGCUCCAAGGAAACAACAGGGGAAAAGACUGUUUUAUUUUCACUGAGUAAUGAGAAUAACGACAUGGAGAUCACAGAGAGCCAUACGGCUGCAAUAGGCCAUGAAAUCCUCUCCCAAAAAGAGGUCAGGCUUCAUUCUCUGUCUUCAGCUCAGCCUGUUAAAGCUGUUAAGUUCACAAGUAACCAGAGUGACAUGGACAUUAUGUCUUGCCCUGCUGAUAAAAUUACAGUUAAACUUUUACGUGAUGAUAACUUGAACUUGAAUAAAGAGGUUGGACAGGAAGCUCCUUCAAACAGUGAAGCUACUGUGCUUGCUAUGGAUGAUAUGGAAAUCACUAAAACCCAUAACGUAGCUUUGGAAGAAAAUUCUCUGCAGGGUAGGCUACCCAAUCAGUCUGUUCCUCUAUGUUCCACAAUUAUUUUUACAAAUGACAAGGCUGAUAUGGAAAUGACCAAGUAUCUCCCUGAUGAUGAAAGUACUGAAAGAGUCCUGUGUGAGCACAGAGUAAACCCUCCUAAGCAGGUUGGACAGGAGGCUCUUUCAGGUAGCAAAACAGUCAUUUUUACUUUGGCUGAGGAUAUGGAAAUCACUAAAACUCAUACAGCUGUGUUAAGUGGUGAUGUGUGGGACAGAAGGUUCAUUCCAGCCGUUUCUGCAGUUCCUGCUGAUCAGACCAUUGUGUUUCCACACAAACAAGAUGAUAUGGAAAUAACCGUAUCUCAUACUGUUGCUGUUAAUAACAAUAUGGAAGGAUUUGAGAACCAGCAAGUGUCACAUAAAAGCACUCGACAACCAGGCUUGCAUAGUGCAUCAUUGUCUGCUUGCAGAGAUGAAGUAGAUUCUCUGCAUGUAAAAGACCUGAAUGGUGAGUAUCUUAAAAAAUCUAAUGAUAAGCCUACCAUUUCUUCAUCUGCUUCAUCAGCCUCAGCAUUUCCUACUGAGAAAGGAGCUGCCAAAGUUCACAGUGGUGCAAUACCAGAUUCCAUUUAUUCUACCUCACUUCCAGAAGACACUCUGGACAUCCAGGCACCACAGGAUCUUGACCUUGCCACGGAUAAUUCAGUUCCUGUAAACAGUCAGCAGGAUCUUGUACAUCCAGGAAAACUGAAAUCAAAGAGAGUGUCUUUCAAAUUUCCAGGUAAUGCCCCCUUGGAAUGCAGUGAAGAAACUGGAGCUGUGGUAUCCCAUGUUUCUCUUCCUAUUCAGCAAUCGGAUUCUUUGAAGAGUCCUCCAGAUGGACUUAGUACUCAGACAAACCAAGUAUUGAAAGAUAAUUCAUCUAGGCAUGAAGAUCUAGAUACAGUUUUAGCCAAGGAUGGAGCAGUUCCAGUUUCUGACAGCGAAUCAAAGGAAAAUGAGAGGCUGUCAGCUGAAGGGGAAGUACUUCCAACAGACUUCCAAAUAAAAUCUGAAGAAACUAAGCAACUUUUGGUCAGUGACAGUCCAAGAGAUCCAGUAGAUCCUGCUCUUGCACCUAAAUUAUCAGGUAUUUUAAAUGUUUGUUCAAAACUGGAAAAUAUUAGAAGGAAAUCUGCAGUUGUCUCUGUUCCUGAAACCGCUGUUUCUGACCAGCUGCAUAAGUUACCAACUCAACCAGAGGAUACCUUGAGGUUAGGAAAAAAUACCAUAAUGGAACAAGAUAAUUUAUUUUAUCCUAAAGAGCAGGAGAACGCAUGUCUUGAAUCUGGAGCAGCUCCUAUAGGUACGAAUUUAGGUAUGGCACUUAAGGACAAAUAUCAAGGAAUAAAUGUCCCUCUAGGUAUCUUCCAGCCUAAACUACCAAGCAGAAGAAAUCCUUCUGUUUCUGACGUGCAAGAUAUAAAUGCAAAAUCUUCAGACAAAGUAGAAGCACUGGUUUCUGAAGUAAACCUAAACACUGGUGAAGCACCAGAUUACACCAAAUCUAGUAGGCAGAACUUCAGCCAUUCUCAGUUUAUAGCAGAAGAAUUUCUUCCUGUAUGCCAAGAAGCAAUGGAUUCGAAUGAUUCUGUAAGCUUUGGAUCUGUGGAAGACGGUUGCAAUGAGAUAAACAAAAGAGACAUCUCCCACAAUGAAAAGAUUAAACGUGAAGAGACAAAAACUUGCAACAGCAUAAAAAGAGCUUUGGAACAAGAUGAGGAGGAUCUUCAAAGUCUAAAGAAGCUCAAGGUGGAUGAAAGCUUGGUUGGUGGGGCCUCCCUUGACUUGCAGGUUACUUCUGGUGCUCUAUCUCAAAGCCAAGUAGAUGUUCGUGAAGGUGAAGAUCCUCCAAAUCUAUCAGCUAAAAACCUGGACUGUACUCAUGCCAACAGCAGCAGCUCUCUAGAUUCUGUUAAGGCCGACACAGAAUUAACAAUUCAGCGAUGCAGUCAGAUGGAGUCUCAGCUUCUCACAGACAGCAUUUGUGAAGAUAAUUUAUGGGAGAAAUUUCAGAGUGGUGUUAUCACAGUUGGAGAGUUUUUUACACUUCUUCAAGUCCAUAUUCCAAUUCAGAAGCCCCGACAGAGCCAUCUUCCAGCCAGUUGUGCUGUCAGUGCACCACCAACUCCAGAAGACCUGAUUCUCAGCCAAUACGUUUAUCGCCCCAAGCUGCGUAUUUAUGAAGAGGAUUGCCAGGUCCUUUCUCAGAUGAUAGAUGAAUUAAAACAGUAUGUAAGCGUCCAGGACCAACCACUGGUGAAUGUGAAUAAGAGUUUGUGGGAAGUAAUGAGAACCUGUUCUGAUGAAGAGCUGAAGAGCUUUGGAGCAGAACUGAACAAAAUGAAAUCCUAUUUCAUCAAAGAAAGUAAAAUCUUGGGUCACAAUGAGAAAGAGGCAUUAUACAGCAAAUUACUGCAGAGUGCGCAGGAACAAUAUGAAAAGCUACAGUCAAGAAUAGCAAAUGUGGAUGAAUUGCUCAAGGAGGCAGAAAGCUGUCUUGCUGAUCUGGAAGCAGAUUCUGAAUGGGAAGAAUGUGAGACAGACUGCAGUGAGGAAAUGGCAGAAGAGGACUCUGAAUCAAAAAAACUAGAGGAAGAAUUGGAAAGCCUCAAAGCUCAGGAAGAGGAACUUCAAAGAGAACUGUUGGAUCUGGAGACUGAGAAUGAGCAAAUGUUUGUUCAGUUGAAACAUCUACAGGAAAAAGAAAAAAGCUGCGAGGAACUCCUGGAGAGAUACAACUUCCCUGAGUGGGAGAUUAGUGAAUGGAGUGAAAAACAGGCCGUCUUUAAUUUUCUUUAUGAUUCGAUUGAACUUACAGUCAUAUUUGGACCCCCAAUAGAUGGUGAUGUUUUUGGUGAAAAUCCUUCCAGAAAGAUAGUUAGCCUGAGCUUUGAAUCUCUCUUGGAUGAGGAAAAAGCUCCACUCUUCUCAUGUUUAGUCCAUAGACUCAUCUUCCAGUUUAUUGAAAGUCAGGGCUGCUGGCAAGAAAAGUGUCCCACACUGCAAUAUUUGCCUCAGGUGCUUCAUGAUGUCUCUUUGGUGGUGAGUCGCUGCAGGAUCUUAGGAGAGGAGAUUGAAUUUCUGGAGAGAUGGGGUGGAAAAUUUAAUCUUCUGAAGACAGAUAUCAAUGACACAAACGUGAAGCUUUUGUUCUCCAGUUCCACAGCUUUUGCAAAGUUUGAGGUGACUCUGUCUUUAUCUUCCAACUACCCAGCUACUUCACUGCCUUUUACUGUCCAAAAACAAAUAGGAAAUAUUGGACACGAGGAAAUUUCUGCUGUUCUGUCCAAGGUACCAGUUGGUUACCACUAUCUGCGGAGAAUGGUGAGCUUGAUCCAUCAAAAUCUGCUCCAGGAUCCCAGAUGAUUCGCUAGAUCCAAGUGCAGGACUGAAGAAGUCAAACUGGAUAUUCUUUGACUUUAGCCUCAAAGGAAUUCAAGGUCUCUCUCACCAGAAUGGGAAUGUUGUUGGCUUCUCAGCUCUCUAGGAAUCUUGUUUAGUAACUGGUUGAUAUCGAGGAUGCUCAGUGCAGACCACAGGCUUUUCUUUUGUACCAAACUAUAAAUGAAGAAGUCUCUGAAGAGGAUGAGGAAAAGUUUCUUAACUCUUCUAUUAAUCCAGUCCGCCUUUUCUUCUAAUCACCACUGGUCUUGGCUUCCUUUUAUAGUCUUUUCCUAGUAUGAGUAUUCUUCUGACACAGUUUGUUAAUUUUAUUCUGGAUUGAUUUACAGAGCUCCUGUGUAAAACAAUGAUGAUUAUUUUCUAAAUUAACGUGACUGGAAUUUCCUUUCAUUAGCAUUACUUCUCUACUGCAUAACACUCUAACAUAUCACAUCAAUUUUGAUCUUUAUCAGUUUCCUGGAACCCUUCCCAAAACACAGAAUUAUAGUCUUGCUUCCGAUUAACGAAAUAACCGGUAAUAAUUAGACAGUUGGCCAAAGCUGGAAAGACUUCUGUCAUGAAGACUACAGAUCUCUGUGCUUGACCGUGGACUUCAGGAUGCAACAGACUCGGAGCCACCAGGUUCAAUCUGCGUGAGCCCUUACAACACAAAGUUUGUUCUGAUGUUCUGUGCGCAGGUCUUCGUCCAGUACAGUCUCUUUAUUUUGGUACAUUGUCUGAGGUUGUAAUGAGUUAGAAUUUUAGUGAGGAGACUGAGCUAUUUAAAUUUAGGAGGCGUCCGUAAUAUCAUUGGUGCAGUCCAGAUUGAUUUUGUAUAUAGUUUAUAUAUUAUAUAGGUUGAGCUGUUGGAACUGAUAUAACCCUGAUUGAAUUUAUGGUGUUGAAGUGCCUACCAUUUCUAAGCAAUCCUUUCUGUAGGCUCACACCGUUUUUUGUAACUCUGUAAAAUACAUUGAAUUUGAAGAUGUUUUCAUGUGUUUAAAGUGUUGAUGUAUUUUUGUCCUUUUAUGUUUUUUUCAUUCUGUUUGCAAGGUGGAAAUUCAUUAAACAUUUGAAUUAUUGUU